GUGUAUGGGGGGGGUGAAUGCAGUGAAAAUUCCUUAUGCAAAGAAUACCAAAUCACGAAAACAAUAUGUUUACAGGGUAGGACUGACAAUUCAUGGGGCCCCUGGGCAAUAGGGGAUCAUGGGGCCCUGUGUCCUUGCCCAAACUCAAAAAAGCCUAUGAAAAAGGUACCAGGGGCAUCUCAUGGGGCCCCCUACUGACCCCAGGCCCUCGGGCAGUGCCCGAGUUUCCAAAUGGUCAGUCCGCCCCUGUCGUUUACUUGUACUUGACUGGAUGAUGGACGUCAACAG